CGCGGGGCGCCUCGAAGGGCACGGCUGAGGGGCGCGGGCGCUGCCGGAAGCUGGGGCGGGGCGCCCGCGCGGGAUGCGUGAAGGGCAAGCGGCGCGGCGGCGGCGAUGAGUGCCUCGGCGGCCACCGGGGUCUUCGUGCUGUCCCUCUCUGCCAUCCCGGUCACCUACGUCUUCAACCACCUGGCGGCCCAGCACGAUUCCUGGACAGUUGUAGGGGCUGCUGCCCUCAUCCUGCUCCUGGUAGCCCUGCUGGCUCGUGCCCUCGUCAAAAGAAAGCCACCCCGGGACCCUCUAUUCUAUGUGUACGCAGUUUUUGGAUUUACCAGCGUGGUGAACCUCAUCAUAGGACUGGAGCAGGACGGGAUCAUCGACGGGUUCAUGACCCACUACUUGCGAGAGGGUGAACCAUAUCUGAACACUGCAUAUGGGCACAUGAUCUGCUACUGGGAUGGCUCUGCUCAUUAUCUGAUGUAUCUGGUGAUGGUGGCAGCCAUAGCAUGGGAGGAAAGUUAUAGAACCAUUGGCCUAUAUUGGGUCGGAUCUAUUAUUAUGAGCAUUGUUGUUUUUGUGCCGGGAAACAUUGUAGGGAAGUAUGGAACACGCAUUUGCCCUGCUUUUUUCUUGAGCAUACCAUAUACCUGUCUUCCUGUGUGGGCUGGUUUCAGAAUCUAUAAUCAGCCAUCAGAAAAUUAUAAUUAUCCCUCAAAGGUCAUUCAAGAAGUCCAAGCGAAGGACCUGCUGAGAAGACCCUUUGAUUUAAUGUUGGUUGUGUGUCUCCUUCUGGCAACUGGAUUUUGCCUGUUUAGAGGCUUGAUUGCUUUGGAUUGCCCAGCUGAGCUCUGCCGAUUAUAUACGCAAUUUCAAGAGCCCUACCUAAAGGAUCCUGCUGCUUAUCCUAAAAUACAGAUGCUGGCAUAUCUGUUCUAUUCGGUCCCUUACUAUGUGAUUGCACUUUAUGGCUUAGUGGUUCCUGGAUGCUCCUGGAUGCCUGACAUGACACUGAUACAUGCUGGAGGUCUAGCUCAGGCUCAGUUUUCUCACAUCGGUGCUUCUCUUCAUGCUAGAACUGCUUAUGUCUACAGAGUCCCAGAAGAAGCGAAAAUCCUUUUUUUAGCAUUAAACAUAGCAUAUGGAGUCCUUCCUCAGCUCUUGGCCUAUCGCUGUAUCUACAAACCAGAGUUCUUCAUAAAAACAAAGGCAGAUGAAAAAGUUGAAUAAAAACAUUAUUUUAUGUUC